AUGAUGGGGAAGAAGGGCAAGGGAGCGGCGAAUGCGGGCAAGAAGCGGCCGGACGACGAGCUGGUCGACCUCAUCUUCUCCUGGUCCCUCCUAGACGUCAUGAACCAGGACCUCUUCAGAGACAAGGCUAGCACGAUACCUGACAGGUUCUUCGGGCUCAAGAGCUACCUGGACGCGUUCAGGAUCCCGCUGCUGGAGGAGAUGCGGGCAGAGAUGAGCUCUAACCUGGAGCCGCUGCCCGACCACCCAUCGGCCGUGCCCAUACGGUCCCUGGUGCCCAGCAUUGGCAAGAGCUUGAGGAAUUUCGGCUUGGUGUACCGUGCCACGGUUGCCCGCGGCCGUGGAUCGCGUCAUGCGGCGCCGUGCAUCGGUGACAUCAUCGUGCUCUUGGACGGCAUGCCUCGCCGGCCGGCCGAGCUCGCGUGGAGCGGCUGCGGCUCGUACUGUGUCGCGCACGUCCAGGAUGUCGACCGCAACGGGUACGGCUUUGAGAUCAGAGCGUCCAGGAAAAUCGAAGACGCGAGCUGCUACGCUCUCGCUGUCAGCCUGCUCAGCUUCAUACCCUACGCGCGCAUCUGGCGGUGCCUGGACUACGACGCCGCCGUGAAGAGAAACCCUACCCUCGUCAAGGUGGUCGCCGGCGACGCGCAGAGCCCAUCGUUUCCGGCUGGGUCCUCGGCUCCAGCUCGUCGAGACACCGGCGGGACGGACGCAGACGUGGCGGCAAAACUGUCCACGUUCAAGCUCAACGACUCCCAGACGGAGUCCAUUCUGAGCUGCGUCAAGGCGACGCGGCAGCAGGACGGCGCGAGCAAGUUCAGCCUCAUCUGGGGCCCGCCCGGAACGGGCAAGACCAAGACGAUCAGCGUGCUACUGCUACUGCUUCUGACGAGCCAGACCAAAUGCCGCGUCCUGACGUGCGCGCCCACCAACACCGCCAUCAGCCAGGUCGCGUCCCGCCUUCUGACGCUGUGGAAGCAGCACGCCGCUGCCGACGGAGGCUGCCACGGCGAUCUGCUGCUGUUCGGCAACCGGGAACGCAUGGCCGUCGACGGUGAUCUGGGCGAGAUCUUCCUGGACACUCGCGUGAAGCGGCUCAAGAAGUGCUUCUCACCGGCGACGGGUUGGAGGCAUUGCCUUGUUUCACUAGAAGUGUUCCUGGGAGAACAAAGAACAGUCACGUGUCAGUACCAAGGAGAUUGCUUGCAGAAUGUCGGGACAAAAGUGGCUGAGACAUCUUUCGUCAGGUCGAGGCUCCAUCAGAUAUUUGAUACGCUGAGAAACUGCUUCAGACUAAUCAUGUCACAAGUCCCUAGAGCCGUCCUUUUGGAGAAGAACUACAAGAACAUUGUCCUACUGAUGGAAAUGCUCAAAGACUUCAGCAAGUUGCUUGGAAGGAAGAUCGUCGGAAACGAUGAAGCGAGCAAAUCAGAGUUCGCUCAAAAUCUUAUGCAAAGCAAGGCACGAAUCCUUGACGUCACGAGAACUCUCCUCCGGGAGCUGAAGCUUCCCGUGACACGCUCUGACUUCAGAAUCAAGAAGUUCUGCCUUGGAAGCGCGCCCUUUAUUUUCUGCACGGUGUCUGGCUCGGCCAAACUGAAUAAUCAGAAGAUGGACCUGCUGCUCAUCGACGAGGCUGCGCAGCUGAAGGAAUGCGAGUCCCUCAUACCAAUGCAACUCUCUGGACUGAAGCACGCUGUUCUUAUUGGCGAUGAGUGUCAACUACCAGCAACCGUGAAAAGCAAGGUUUCAGACACCGCAUUGCUGGGCAGGAGCCUGUUUGAGAGGCUAAGCGCGCUGGGACAGAAGAAGCACCUUCUGAACAUUCAGUACAGGAUGCACCCUUCUAUAAGCAUCUUCCCAAACUUGAGCUUCUACGACAAGAAAAUUUUGGAUGGCGCGAAUGUCACGCAGGAGGGCCACGCGCGUAAGUACCUUCAAGCUGCAAUGUUUGGGCCGUACUCAUUCAUCAAUGUCGAAGGAAGAGAAGAUCCCGGUCGGAGCAAGCGAAACAUGGCCGAGGUAGCUGUCAUAUUGGAGAUAUUGAACGCUCUAAAAAUAGCUUGUAUCAGCAGCCGGCAAGGAGUUUCUGUUGGGGUGAUCAGCCCAUACGCAGCUCAGGUGGAGGCAAUUCAGCAGAAGAUAGGGGACGCCAAAGCCAUGCAUCCCCUGACUCUGCGCGUCAACUCCAUGGAUGGAUUCCAAGGCAGCGAGGAAGACAUCAUCAUCCUGUCAACCGUCCGGUCUAACAGUGCAGGAUCCAUCGGCUUCCUGUCCAAUCUCCGACGCGCCAACGUCGCUCUGACGAGGGCAAGGCACUGCCUCUGGAUCCUGGGCAACGCGGCGACCCUUUGCGGCAGCGGUUCCAUCUGGGAGGAACUGGUCCAGGACGCCGUGGAUCGCCGCUGCUUCUUCAACUGGGGAGACAGCGCGGGAGUUUCUUCUCCCAUCACUCCGUGGCGGAAAUGGAAUGCAGCCGCAGUUGGAUUUGGAUCAGACUUUGGCGUGCACGUCCCUGCUGCGUGCCGCGGAUGCGAAGCUGACAUUUGCGGUGCACUAGGCUCCCUGCGUCUAGCUGAGUGA